AUGUCGUGGCCCGAUAUGAAACGCGCAUUAGCGCCAGCAUCAUCGGACAGUGAUGACGAACCUAACCCGAAGUGCGUCAGAAGUGAAGGCAAAUCUCCACUGGAGGAUGAAGGCGCAUGGUGUAUCCUGUUCCAGUACCUCACCACUGAGAUGACCUAUCCUCAGAUGGAAGAGGACUUCAUAUCUUACCUUGGCGACAGAUACUGCGCAGAUGACUGGAAGGACGCCCGAGACGCGUUAUUCUCUGCUGACGACCUGAAUGAUAACGCAACUCCCUUGGCAAAUCUUCAGGUUUUGUACAUGAAGCAUGUACCUCAGGCUUCUCUGUCGAAUAUGGCGGGCCCACCGGAAGAUUCUCGGGUCAUAUUCCUCCACGUAGGCGAUGAGGCGAGGGUCAUCUCUGGAGAGAUUUGUUCAGAGAUCGGAAAGGUUGUCUCAACAGAUCAUGGGUUAGGUUGUGUGUUGUUAGAAUUCGAUUUCGAUAUUCAACAUCGAACACAACUAGACUUCCAACUUCAGGAUAUAGAACGUCACAUCGUUCAAAUGUCCGACAACGUAUUUCAUAUUUGUCAAGAGGCAACUAAAGAAGAGAUUGAAGUUUCAAAACACUACUUGGAUCGCUGUCCUCUGAAGCAUGUGCUGCAAAAACAGCUGUCAACGCAGCAAUUAUUUGAGCCUCCUCCUGAAACUGAAACCAUUGAAAUCGGGGACUAUGUAGAGGUACUUGGCGGUCAGUACGUAGGGAAACGCGGGAUCAUCGCCUGGUUUCCUCCAGGAGAACCACCAUCUGUAUACUUACGGGUGAACGACAAGAUAUAUAGUUCAGGACCGGUGAUGAUUGAAGUGCUUUCAGUCUGCAUUCAGCGGAUCCGCCUCACCCAGACAAUAAAGUACACAAAGGACAAGGGCUAUGAUGUCAGGCCUGGAGAUUUUGUGAAUGUCGCUCACGGGCCGGAGUAUCAGAUGACAGGGGUCGUGCAAAGUGUCGACCUUCCAGCAGCUCGCUUGACCCUAUUAUCUCAAACUGAUGGAACAUUGAUUAAUGUCCCCAUACGGUUCGUGGUGAAGAUACGCAACGUGAGCCUAGAUACCUUCAAGAGCGUUAUUGGCAAAGAAGUAUUUGUUAUUCGCGGUCAGCAUAAGGGCUACCGAGCCACGCUAUACGAUAUAGGGAGGGAGGAUUGCUCUGUUGCACUGCAUGGGCAGAAGCAUAUACUACUCAAACUCCCAGAAGUGGCCACUAGUUAUGGAAUGCGGUUGAACAGUACAAUACUCGAAAGACACGAAUUAGUUUCUUUCUGUGAAAUGCGGCAGAAAUCGUACUUGAAGCCACCGCCUCGAAGUAUCACUCCCCCACCCCAGAAAAUGGCCUCCUCCCACUCUUUCACAUGUUCCAACACGCUGCCUGCCAGCGCCCUGAACAACUGGACUGCCAGCCCCAAGGAUGUUGACGGGGCGAUAAACCAAUUGUUGGCCGUCGAUUCGUCCACCUCGUCUCAGACGAUACCUGACCCUUGGACUAUCGAUCCGCAGGACAAUGAGGACAGACAGGAGAAAAUCCAACAUGAUGGCCCGCUACCUUGGUUGAUGAGGAAGGAGUUUGCCUCGACCUUACUUACGUAUCACGUGGUGUUGAAAGUCUCACCGAGCUUUAUGGGGGGCAGGUUACACAAGCGGUUUGUAUCAACCGCAUGUCCCGACCCCUUCUGCGGUGCGAAUGGGCCCACACCCGAGAAUUGUGUAGCAGCAUUUUGCACGUCCAAUGGCACGGGGGCCGCGAUCCAACACUAUCACAUACCCGCCCAUGACCUCAGUCCGGCUCCUCCACGCAAAAAGAACCAGCAGUGCCUUAUUUUGGAUGGGGAGCAUCGCGGGGCCAUCCUAACUAUAGCAAAGUGCAACGUCAAAAAAAAUUCUGCGGAGAUGUUUACAAAUACUAAUAUUACUACAGCUCCCUUACUAGUAACUCUUCGUUUCGACCAAAUAUGUCUCAUAGAACCUAUGUAA